AUGAUCCGGAGGGUUGAAUCGGAGGAUUGGUUCUCCUACCCGGUUCUAGCGAGUUUCAUUCUCUUCUUCCUCCUUCCCUUGGUUAUCAUCACCAUCCUCUACAUUCUCAUUCUUCGGGGUGUGCAUCGAUCAGUGAAAUUCACCCAGAAUCUACAUCCCGUGGAGACGAUUGAGCCACCAACCUCAGGAGAGCUCACUCUCCCCUUGGUCAAUGUGCGAAAGCACUCCUCCGGGAUUCUCGCGGUCUCGCCACUGAAACGCGGACGUAGCAUUGCUUUUCGAACGGGGCAGGACAAGAGAGCAGCUAGACAACACCAGGAGCUCUGCCAAAUCCAGCAAGUUCAACACCACGCACGAAUGAGGACAAAUAAAUCAUUGAUUAGGAUUUUAGUUUGUAUCAUCAUCGCGUUCUUUACCUGCUUUGCGCCAUUUCAUGCGGAGCGGCUCUUGGUAGUGCUGGUACCAGCGGAGCUAUGGUACAACAAUAAGAUUCUCUGGAAAGUUCAUGAUGUGCUCUAUCACGUCUCCGGCAUUUGUCUCUUCGCCAACUCAGUAUGCAAUCCAAUCCUCUACAACAUCGUCUUCCGACGAAUACGCGCGGAGUUUAAGGCAGCACUGAUGUGCUGUGGCAAGAAACGAAGACAACAACGGGAGUGUAACAAUGGUCGAGGCAGAUCCUCGGUUUAUCGGCCUUCAACAAUAUCGCAAACACCUAAAACUGCAGAAUUUUAA